AUGUACAAAAGUAUGUUAAGGAGAAGCCUAUGCUGUAUUAAUAGUUUUUUUUGUAAAAGUAGGUCUUCAGGCUUGUUUUCGUCCGUAAAUAAUCAUACACGUGCCAUUAGCAACCGUAUUGACAAUUUAGUCGUUAACCGAUUUCCAAAGCACAGUUAUUCGACAAGAUCAAAGUUUACAUUUAAAUCAAACACAUUAGUUGAUAAAAUUAAAGAGGAAUCCCUCGGCAAUCCAUUUGUUAAGAGCCAGAAGCGUGCGGUGACACUGUCCCCAAAAGACGAACAAACAAAGGGGUCUAGGGAAGAAAGUGACGAAGAAUCUAGGGCCGAUUCAGGUCAGGAGUCAAAAAGUGACGAGGGAUCUGGUAGCGGCGACAACGGCGAUAAGAAGCCCGAGAACAAGCUCUUCAAGUACGUUCCCGCCGGGAUGUACGGCGGCGCAACGCUCGUAUUCUCGGGGAUUCUGCUCUCCUACUACGUCGAGAGGCGCGAGGAGCUGAAGCACUACAAGCUCUCGCAGGUCCUCGACGACCUGACGCAGUACGUGUACGACAAGAUCGAGGAGCUGUUCCCGCCGGACAACAGCCCUCUGCUGCCGGACUUCGACGAGCUCAAGUACCCGCCGAACCUGCCCACGCUCGUCGUCGACCUCGACAAGGUGAUCGCGAAGAUGGAGUACGACCGGAAGCUCGGCUGGCAGGUGAAGAAGCGCCCGUACGCGGACAAGUUUUUCAAGGAGCUGAUCAACUACUUCGAGAUUGUGAUUUGGUCCGACGACCCGUACCCCGUCGCCUACGACGUUGCGAACCUUUGGGGUCUUCCCGUGAUCGGGUGCAUCCACCGCGACCACUGCCGCAAGUUCAAGGGCGGCUACGUCAAAGACCUUUCGCGGCUCGGCCGUAACCUCAACCGCGUCAUUCUCGUCGACCACGACAGGGUCGCCUGCUCCCUCCAGGAGGAGAACGCCAUUCUCGUAAGGGAGUUUGACGGCGACGAGUCUGACCAGGAGCUCCUUUACCUCAUCAACCUCCUCAAGACCAUCGCCAUUAACCCUCAGGACGUCAAGACGCAGAUUCGCCAGAUGGGCGGCGGCCAUGACUACCAGCUCGGCCGCCGCUUCGCUGAGCAGUACUCUCUGUCCCAGGAGAGGGCCAAGUCGCGCAUGAACAUGACGAAGAUGUUCGGCUUCAAACACUACCAGUAG